UGUGCAUAUUUUGUUUGGUUGGGAAUGAAUGCAGACAUGUUUUCGAUCUUUAUUUUAAUUCAUAAAUGAGAUUAGAUAGCUACUUCUCCGACGAGAAGUAUGAUUAGGUAUUUUCUUUAGGACACCAUGUUGUGAUUGGUCUAUUAGACAUGGCCAGCUAAGUCAUAACAGGCAUAGACAUUGGCUUCCCACAACUUAUAAAACCCCCCCUUUCUUCCACCUUCCAAUGGCUGCCAAACUUGCCACAAAUGAAUGGGAGAAUCUAUGUUCUCAUCCUCUUCUUCUGGGCUCUUCUUACCAUCGUCACCCCCAUGCUUAUCCGCCUCUCAGCCUCUGCCAAUCUUUAUCCUAGAUUAGAUGGGGAGCAAGGAGAAGUGCCGAAGGUAUUAUUGCCGAGAAGGGCGCUAAUUCAAUUGAUAUUAUCUCCAGUUUCGGCGCCAGCACCAGAGCCGGUAUUACCAAGUUUGAAGCCGGGGUAUAUCCAGGGAUUGUAGGAUUUGCAGGAACAGAUUCAUGGUGAAUUAUAGGCACAAGAAAUAAUAAUGUUAUUUCAAUUA